AUGACACGUUUGGCGAAGAUGUGGCACCGCCCACCAUCUCCCAUCUCUGUUCCGGGUUAUCUUCAAGCCCGAUCUGACGAUGAAAGUCCCACCAGUGCUACAUUUCCCUCCUCUACAGACAGUCCGCAAGCUACAGUGUCAACCAUCGCUCCCAAUUCACACGGAAAGCCUAUCGAUCCUAAGAAUGCAGCUGCAUUCGGCAUUAUCACCGGUGCAAUGAUCGCUUUUGGUGUGAUCUCCUUCUCGCUAUUUCUGCUUUAUAGAAGACGUAGUGAUCAUAGCUGCAAUCCCCCGGCAUGGUGGCGGAAACGCAAAAACGCUGCAGAGCCAGCUGAGGUCGAAAUCUCUGAUCCAAUGACGACAAGGGGAGCGGUCUCAGAUGAUGAAUCCGCAUUGCACGAUACUUACGACAAUAAGCUCAAUGAGAGCCAACAAGAUCUAGUCCCUAAAACGCCAGAAGGGCAGCCAAAGCCAAACCUCGUUCAGAAAAUUCAACAAGCGUUAUAUGGGCCAUUGAACCAAGCAUUGAAGAAGAAGGGCAAGCAAGGACCAAGUCCAGUCGACAUGGAGAAAGGCCAGAGUUCGGACACUCUCGAUGACGGAAUAUCUAACAGGCAAAACGUCCGCACGAGUGGCGAUGAGUGGAGUCGGCGGCCAGUAUCUGCUGCAGAUAUGUCAAUACAGACGGAAUCCUCAAUGGCAUUACAUCCAGCAGUCACGCGACUGAAGUCGCAGAAGAAGUCUGGCCCUCGACCUGGAGUAAGUGCUUUUUCCUGGUCGACUACUGCACCAACAUCUGUUCCACCGAUUCGAACAAGUCUCAGGGAGAAUCCCCUGCCGCCACUUCCUUCUGACAGAGAUUCGCGAAGAGACACCGCACUUACAACUAUGACAGAAGAUUCGGGACCAGUUCGUCACAUGUCGGUUACUGGCUGGGUCACUAAUAUGCAAAAAAGACGGCAGAAGCGGGAACAGCGUUUGCAGCAGCCAAUGUCCAAUGAUGGUGAAGCGGCGUUGCCAACAGAUUUACUGGCUCCAGCUGCUGUCGCUCAUCCAAAGGGCCGCCAGUGGACAAGCAAGGAUACUGGCUCUGUCCGUUCAAGUACCAUCACCUUGGAGACGAAUGCAAAAACCCCGGCUCUUGAAACUGCCACCGUGGCUUGGCAUGUUCAUCGAGGUGCAGGACAGGUCGAUGUCCCUCCAGUUCCACGUUCUUUGGGCCGAGGCCAGAAAGAAGAGCCAGAAUUGGAGAAUCUGAAUCCAAAAUACAGCGAACAAGCUGAGUAUCUUCAAGAGGAGCAAUAUGCUCAGCAGGAUGAAUAUGCACAGCAGGACGGGGCGUAUUCACAUGAAGUCCAAUAUGCCCAACAGGAUGAAUACGCACACCAAGAAGGAGAAUAUGCACAACAAGCAGACUACUCGCAGCACUACUCGCAGCACUACUCGCAGCACUACUCGCAGCAAGAGCAGGACUACCUACAAGAACACGAUUCUCAACAGCAGGGAUAUUUGCAAGAGCGAUAUGAAUAUCAAGAGCAGCAGGACUACUCGCAGCAAUACUCGCAACGGGAGCAAGAACAGCAGCAGGAGGAUUACUAUCAGCAGCAACAAUACCGGCACCAAGGUCACGAUGGAACAACCCCAGAGAUACAUAUCAAUUCGCCUUCUGAAGCGACAGCUAUCCCGGAAGAGGAAUGGGUUCCGAAUAUUACCAGAUAUCCGAGUGGCACCACGACGACUACAGCUGGUCAUGGUGCUGCGGCGGGCCAGAGUCCGCGAAUCUAG